AUGGCGACAGGACCAGAGCAAGGUGUCCAUGCCAAGUCAUCCCAGCCAGAUGCCAAGUCAUCCCAGCCAGGUGCCAAGUCAUCCCAGCCCGGUGCCAAGUCAUCCCAGCCAGAUGCCAAGUCAUCCCAGCCAGAUGCCAAGUCAUCCCAGCCAGAUGCCGAGUCAUCCCAGCCAGAUGCCGAGUCAUCCCAGCCAGGUGCCAAGUCAUCCCAGCCAGAUGCCAAGUCAUCCCAGCCAGGUGCCAAGUCAUCCCAGCCAGGUGCCAAGUCAUCCCAGCCCGGUGCCAAGUCAUCCCAGCCAGGUGCCAAGUCAUCCCAGCCAGAUGCCAAGUCAUCCCAGCCCGGUGCCAAGUCAUCCCAGCCCGGUGCCAAGUCAUCCCAGCCAGAUGCCAAGUCAUCCCAGCCCGGUGCCAAGUCAUCCCAGCCAGAUGCCAAGUCAUCCCAGCCCGGUGCCAAGUCAUCCCAGCCCGGUGCCAAGUCAUCCCAGCCCGGUGCCAAGUCAUCCCAGCCAGAUGCCAAGUCAUCCCAGCCAGGUGACAAGUCAUCCCAGCCAGGUGCCAAGUCACCCCAGCCCGGUGCCAAGACAUCCCAGCCAGGUGCCAAGUCAUCCCAGCCAGAUGCCAAGUCAUCCCAGCCAGGUGCCAAGUCAUCCCAGCCCGGUGCCAAGUCAUCCCAGCCCGGUGCCAAGUCAUCCCAGCCAGAUGCCAAGUCAUCCCAGCCAGGUGCCAAGUCAUCCCAGCCAGGUGCCAAGUCAUCCCAGCCCGGUGCCAAGUCAUCCCAGCCAGAUGCCAAGUCAUCCCAGCCCGGUGCCAAGUCAUCCCAGCCAGAUGCCAAGUCAUCCCAGCCCGGUGCCAAGUCAUCCCAGCCAGGUGCCAAGCCAGGUGCCAAGUCAUCCCAGCCAGAUGCCAAGUCAUCCCAGCCCGGUGCCAAGUCAUCCCAGCCAGGUGCCAAGUCAUCCCAGCCCGGUGCCAAGUCAUCCCAGCCAGGUGCCAAGUCAUCCCAGCCCGGUGCCAAGUCAUCCCAGCCAGGUGCCAAGUCAUCCCAGCCAGGUGCCAAGUCAUCCCAGCCAGGUGCCAAGUCAUCCCAGCCAGGUGCCAAGUCAUCCCAGCCAGGUGCAAAGUCAUCCCAGCCAGGUGCCAAGUCAUCCCAGCCAGGUGCCAAGUCAUCCCAGCCAGAUGCCAAGUCAUCCCAGCCAGGUGCCAAGUCAUCCCAGCCAGGUGCCAAGUCAUCCCAGCCAGGUGCCAAGUCAUCCCAGCCAGGUGCCAAGUCAUCCCAGCCCGGUGCCAAGUCAUCCCAGCCAGAUGCCAAGUCAUCCCAGCCAGGUGCCAAGUCAUCCCAGCCCGGUGCCAAGUCAUCCCAGCCAGGUGCCAAGUCAUCCCAGCCAGGUGCCAAGUCAUCCCAGCCAGGUGCCAAGUCAUCCCAGCCAGGUGCCAAGUCAUCCCAGCCAGGUGCCAAGUCAUCCCAGCCAGGUGCCAAGUCAUCCCAGCCAGGUGCCAAGUCACCCCAGCCCGGUGCCAAGUCAUCCCAGCCAGAUGCCAAGUCAUCCCAGCCAGGUGCCAAGUCAUCCCAGCCAGGUGCCAAGUCAUCCCAGCCAGGUGCCAAGUCAUCCCAGCCCGGUGCCAAGUCAUCCCAGCCAGAUGCCAAGUCAUCCCAGCCAGGUGCCAAGUCACCCCAGCCAGGUUCAUGGGUCAGGAAGUGGAAGAUGCUUAACCGUCACCACGGCGAUACCAAGCAGAAGGAGUCGGAGUCGGGGGUCCUGUGGGCUAACCCUAUCAACGAACACACUGCAGACAGAUAG